AUGGUAUGUGGAGUUUUCGAUCCAGUUACGCAGAUUGCUUUUACGGUUGGAUUUGUCUAUGCCUUCAAUGAGAGAAGUGAUAGAAUUGGUCUUUGGGACACCAUUCGGCAAUUAUCAAAUUCUUCAAGUUUGAGAAACUCUCCAUGGGUUAUUAUGGGCGAUUUUAAUCAGGUUCUAGCUGUUUCAGAGAUGUACUCACUUUAUCAUGUGGAUAUUUGUGUGGCUGGAAUGAUAGAGUUUCAGGAAUGUCUAAAUGACAGUUAUCUCUAUGAUUUAUCUUACCAAGGCUGUUUCUUCACCUGGACGAACUGCAGUCCAUCUGAUCCAAAGUCCAGGAAACUUGAUAGAGCCUUGAUAAAUGAAGCCUUUCAGGACAAGUUCCCCAACGCCAAUGCAGUUUUUGAUUCCCCCGGGAGUUCAGAUCAUUCCCCGUGUCUUGUUACAAUAUCUCAGGACUCUCAUCUUAGGAAGUCUAGAUUCAUGUUCUUCCCAUUUUUCUCUGAGCAUCCUGAUUAUCGGAGGUUACUUUCUGAGGGUUGGUCUUCUUCAGGUCUUGGGAGUUCUCCCAUGUCUUCUCUUUAUCAAAAGAUGAGAAUUGCCAAAGGAAUCUGUAAAUCUCUCAACCGGUCGGCCUUUAGUGACAUUGAAAAGAGAACAAGAACGGCAUUUGAUGAGCUCCAACGAAUUCAGUUUCUUUCGCUUACUAAUCCGACUCCGGUCUUGUUUGAAGAGGAAAGAUUCGCUCGAGAAGCUUGGAUGGUCCUUGCAGCAGCAGAACAGAGUUUUUUCAGGCUUAAGUCGAGAGUGCGUUGGACUAGCAAAGGCGACCUCAACACUGGUUUUUUCCAUAAAUGCGUCAAGGCAAAUCUCUCUAGGAAUCUGAUUCACUUUCUUACUGAUGAAAAUAAUGCUCGUGUUGCUGAUAUUCAAGAAAUGAAGAAUAUGGCGGUGAGGUUCUACUCCUUGCUUCAGGGCCGUUCUAAUGUGGCAGUCACACCGUACACAGUUGACCAAAUCAGGUCUAUUCAUCCCUUCAGAUGUAGUUCCUCGCAGAAUGACCGUUUGUCAGCUGUUCCUUCAGAUGAGGACAUUAAGAAUACUCUUUUUGGCCUCCCUAAGGACAAAUCUCCGGGACCUGACGGGUUUUCGGCUGAAUUCUUCAUAUCUUCUUGGAACUUGGUGGGUGAAGACUUUACGAGAGCAGUGAAGCAAUUCUUCUUGGAGCCAGACAUGCAGAGACAGACAAAUGCCACUGUCAUUUCCUUGAUUCCUAAAACGCCUGGUGCAUCCUCUCUGUCUGAUUUUCGACCCAUCUCACUUUGCAACACGGUUUAUAAAGUCAUCGCAAAAUUGUUAGCAGCGCGACUGAAGAUAAUCACUCCUAAAGCUGUUCAAAGGAACCAGGUGGGCUUUGUCAAAGGAAGACUUUUAUGUGAGAAUGUUCUUCUCGCUUCAGAGCUGGUGGCUGAUUUCCAUAAGAGUGGAUCCACAACUAGAGGUUGUUUGCAAGUGGAUAUUACCAAAGCUUAUGACAGCAUUGAGUGGGAUUUUGUGUUGAAUAUUCUUCAAGCUUUCGACUUACCUCCCAUAUUUAUCUCUUGGAUAAGGAAUUGCAUAACCACUCCUCACUACUCUGUCUCCUUAAAUGGAGAAUUAGCGGGGUUUUUUCCGGGUAAAAAAGGGCUUCGUCAAGGAGAUCCCAUCUCCUCUUCUCUCUUUGUUAUGGCCAUGGACAUCCUAUCAAAAGAUCUAGAUGCUGCAGCAAGAGAAGGGAAAUUUGGCAUUCAUCCUAAAUGCCACAACCCUUUUGUCACCCAUUUGAGUUUUGCCGACGAUCUUCUUAUCUUCUUUGAUGGCUCUUCCGAGUCCUUGAGAGGUAUUAUGACGGUGCUUAGGGAUUUUCAGAGAAGAUCAGGGUUGGCUUUAAACCUCAGAAAGACCUGUGUUUUUGUUGAUGGGAAUAAUGUGGAAGUUGCUUCAGCUUUAGCGACAGAGUUUAGGAUAGCUCAAGGAGCUCUUCCAGUCAAAUACCUUGGAGUACCUUUAAUGCCUCAUAAGCUGAGGCGUCAGGAUUAUCAGCCUUUGGUGGAUAAGGUCAGGGGCAGAGUUACUUCUUGGACGUCUAAACGUCUCUCUUUUGCCGGCAGGCUACAACUGAUUCAGUCAGUUAUUUACAGCAUGAUUAACUUCUGGUCAUCUAUAUUUCCCUUGCCAAAAGAAUGCUUAGAGACUCUCGAACAAAUAUGUAAUGCCUUCCUCUGGACAGGAGCUCCUAAUUCUGCAAGGGGAGCAAAAGUUUCAUGGGAAGCUGUAUGUCUACCUAAAGAGUGUGGAGGUUUGGGAUUGCGCCGACUUGCUGAUUUGAAUCAGGUUUAUGGCAUCAAGUUAAUUUGGCUUAUAUUUGCUGGAUCUGAUUCUCUAUGGGUAGCUUGGAUAAGAAACCACAUUAUAGUAGAGAGGAUGUUCUGGACCUUCGAUUUCUCAAAUGUCGGUAGCUGGAUUUGGAGACGUCUCAUGAAGCUUCGAGAUUUAGCCAAACCACACAUUCUCUGUCAUGUUAGCUCCGGAGCAAUUGCGUCUUUUUGGCAUGAUAACUGGACGGAAUUGGGGUCUCUUAUUGACAUUAUUGGACCGCUAGGACCUCAGGUCUCGGGCAUUCCUAUUGAAUCUUCUGUUUCGGAGGCAGUUUUAGCUGGUGCCUGGAGAACUACUCGAAGUAGGAAUCCGACACUGAUGCUGCUUCGUCAAUCCUUACCUUCUCAAGUCCCUGAUAUUACUUUACCAGAACAUGACUACUAUAUGUGGAGGAACUCGGUACUCGACCCCCCAGCCGUUUUCUCUACAGCAAAGACGUGGAUUUCCUUAAACCCUCCUCCUCCUUCGGUGAAUUGGCACAAGGUGGUGUGGUUUCCUCAAAAGAUUCCCAAGCAUUCAUUCAUUGUAUGGCUUGUCCUCAAGGAUAGAAUGUUGACUCGGGACAGACUGAGAUCAUGGGGUCUUCUGGUUCCUGAGGAGUGUCUUCUCUGUGGUCAUGCAGCAGAGACGACUAAACAUCUGUUCUUUGAGUGCAAUUUUUCUACGGCGGUAUGGACACUGCUUAUGUCUAAGCUCAGGUUUGCUUUCCCUACUUCCUUGGAGGAGAUUGUUCCUUGGAUUAGCUCUGUUCCUUUGCGCAAACAGGUUAAAGCUAUUUUGAAGUUAGUUUUCCAAGCAUCAGUAUAUUUUAUUUGGCGAGAAAGGAACUCCCGUCUUCACUCUGGUUUGCAUAAACCUAUUAUCAUGAUCGUUAAAGAGGUACACCUACAGGUACGGGCAAAGCUCCUUGGUCUAGACAGAGAGAGAAUUGUCAGCAUUUCUCCACAACGACACCCUGUGGAGUCAUAUCUUUCUACAUGGUUUGACAGAUUCCAAGCUUGA